AUGUCGGCUCCACCACCUCUUUCACCUGAGUCGAUAAAUUCAUGGGAGUUUCUCAACCUCAACAACUUGCAUACUAUUGUUUGCGACUGUGGAGACAAGAUUGUUGCCAGCCAGAUCGAGAUGCAGAGGCUCAAAGAUCAGUUGGGUAAAGAUUUUAUUAUGUGUCGUGUUGAUCACAUCAGUCUCCAGUACAAGUUGGAAUAUCAUAACAGGCAAUUAAAAGCAAUUGUUGUGGUGAUGGGCAGUGUCAUGGUGGCAAUGUUUGGGAUGAUGGUGGUGUUGGGUUAUGAGCAUAACAUCAUUCCUAUGGUGUUCAUGCAACCCUGA